AUGGCCCUGUUACCAUCCAUCACAUGGCCCUGUUACCAUCCAUCACAUGGCCCUGUUACCAUCCAUCACAUGGCCCUAUUACCAUCCAGCACAUGGCCUUGUUACCAUCCAGCACAUGGCCCUGUUACCAUCCAGCACAUGGCCCUAUUACCAUCCAGCACAUGGCCUUGUUACCAUCCAGCACAUGGCCCUGUUACCAUCCACCUCAUGGCCCUGUUACCGUCCAUCUCAUGGUCCUGUUACCAUCCAGCACAUGGCUCUGUUACCAUCCAGCACAUGACCCUGUUACCAUCCAGCACAUGGCCCUGUUACCAUCGACCUAAUGGCCGUUACCAUCCACCUCAUGGCCCUGUUACCAUCCACCUCAUGGCCCUGUUACCAUCCAUCACAUGGCCCUAUUACCAUCCAGCACAUGGCCGUUACCAUCCAGCACAUGGCCUUGUUACCAUCCAGCACAUGGCCCUGUUACCAUCCACCUCAUGGCCCUGUUACCAUCCAUCACAUGGCCCUAUUACCAUCCAGCACAUGGCCGUUACCAUCCAGCACAUGGCCUUGUUACCAUCCAGCACAUGGCCCUGUUACCAUCCAGCACAUGGCCCUGUUACCAUCCACCUCAUGGCCCUGUUACCAUCCACCUCAUGGCCCUGUUACCAUCCAGUACAUGGCCCUGUUACCAUCCAGUACAUGAGCCUGUUACCAUCCACCUCAUGGCCCUGUUACCAUCCAGUACAUGAGCCUGUUACCAUCCACCUCAUGGCCCUGUUACCAUCCACCUCAUGGCCCUGUUACCAUCCACCUAAUGGCCCUGUUACCAUCCAGUACAUGGCCCUGUUACCAUCCAGUAUAUGA